UGCUAGCAGGAAAUAAAAUGCAUUUUCACUCAAACUUGUUCAAGUGUUUAUCUACCGUUGUUAGGUAACAAUGACAAAACGUAUCUUACAGUAAGAUUCAACAAUAAAGUCACAUUGUUUCGCUUCGACUCAGCUGGUCGUUUGAUCUGUUUUUAUACAUCCUCGUGUGCUUUCAUUCCAUCGUUCGUGUGACUGAGAAGUACGUUUACACGUUGAUGUUUAUGAAAACAGUAAAACGACCAGCUGAAAGAAAAGCAUUAAAAUGAAGCUUGCAUGCUGGAUAUUGAAAUGAAGACUGCAGUUUUUGUCACACUUUUUGUAACUAUGAUUGGCGUUGCCAGUGCAUACAUUUCAUGUUCCCUCUGCAACGGUGCAUACGUGAACAGUAAUUUGGGAAGUGGGUGUGUUGCAGCUGUCAGGGAAAAGUGUGCUGGCUUAAGAGGUCGUCAAACCUCUUCCUGGAAACGUGGCGUAUUAGUAAAAUCGAACUGUAAUUCAAUUCCAUCUGGAACAGCUAUCGCCACUUUCGAAGGACCAGGUGCGACAUUCGCAAGUAGAACAUUUCAGCAUGCUGCGAUAUUCAUUGGAUGUGCGCCGGAUGGCAUUAAGGUUCACGAUCAGUGGGUGGGAAAAAGCGGAUGCAGUCUCCGAACAAUUAAAUACAGCGGAUAUGGUUCGAAUGGUGGAAAUAAUUUCUAUACAAUUGUUUAAGAACAGUCGAUCAUUAUGCUGGCGAUUUUUCAGAAAGUAAACGUUAAAUUCUUGAUUCAAA